CGCGUAUAAACCGUCCGUCGCGUCGCCCGCUCCGAACCCUCUCGGGCCGCAGAAAAAAUAUACACACACUCAUAAACACUAGCUAUAUUCGUAUAUUUUUUAAUAUAUAUACAGCAAAAAUUACGUCUGUAAUAACAUAAAUAUUUAUAGAUAUUUAAAUAGAAGAGAGUUAUUUUUGCAUUAGCCUUGAAAAUCGCGAGUGCUUGAAGUGUGGUGACUUGCAGUAGUUGAAACAUUUUUGCUGUCUAGUUGUUGGUGUCCGCAAAAAAAAUAAACAUGAAAACUUCGUCGUUCUCUCUGCGGGUGAUGCGAAGGGCACGGAACAAACCAGCCGAUGGUGGUGGCCACGUCAACCAGAAGAACGCUGCAGGACAGAAAUCAACGACAACUUGUCAAAAAGGUGGCCCAAAAACCCCGGUAAAGCCAUCAGCACAGAAAGGAGCAGCGAAGACCGCGCCCCCGAAACAGGCCGCAGCGGCAGCGGCAGUCAAAACUCCUCAGGGCAAGAAGAAGAAAGGGCAUAAGCAUCAGCAGUAUGAGCUCAUUGUUACCAUCAAUCUGUCUGAAUAUGGCCUCACGGAAGAACAAGUUGCAGAAUUCAAAGAAGCCUUCAUGCUGUUUGACAAGGAUGAGGAUGGCACGAUCACGAUGGCGGAGCUCGGAGUCGUCAUGAGAUCGCUUGGACAGAGACCUUCAGAAACGGAGCUUCGAGACAUGGUGAAAGAAGUUGAUCAGGACGGCAACGGUACCAUCGAGUUCAAUGAAUUCCUCCAAAUGAUGUCCAAAAAGAUGCGUGGGGCUGAUGGGGAAGAUGAAUUGAGAGAGGCUUUCAGGGUAUUCGACAAGAACAACGACGGGCUGAUAUCGUCGGUGGAGCUGCGUCACGUGAUGACCAACCUGGGAGAGCGGCUCAGCGAAGAGGAGGUCGACGACAUGAUCCGCGAGGCAGACCUCGAUGGUGACGGCAUGGUCAAUUACGAUGAGUUCGUGACAAUAUUGACGUCGAAAAACUAGUAUGCAGACCACAGGCCGAAGAGAGAACCUCCCGGAAGCCAGUGCCCAUACUCGUACCUCCAGCGGUACGGAGGGAAAGAAACUCUUAUCUAGUCCUAACAAUAUAGACGUGUUGCUAAAGUGGAUCAUUUUAUAGAACGCGCUUGGUGGCAGUGUAUACGUACCCUUAUUUCAGUUUCCGCGCACAUUUCAGUACAGUGCGAUUUUUUUGUCGCACUUGCGAUUAUUUUGUCGCAUUUGCGAUUAUUUUGUCGCACUUGCGAUUAUUUUGUCGCAACAAUGUGAAUUUUAAUGUGUAGUACUGAUUAGUAAAUUUGGUGUGUGACAGAUAAUUAAGUUUUUAUACUGCUUCAAGUGUCAUAUUAUAAGGCCUUAAGAUAACAUGUCAUGUUGUACAAUAUUUUAAAAUAAUAAAGCUAAACGAACGGUUCGAAUAGAUUUUUUUAUAACAACGCAAAAAGGGCUAUCUUACUUUAGAAGAUAGAGUAGAGAGAAUACUAACCACCUAUGUAUUUUCGUUAAAGUUUGCAAUAAUUUAUAAUGUCCUUUUUCAAUAGUAAUAAUUUGACACCACGAACCAUGGAACAUAUUGUUCCUUAUUUGACAAGAACUUUUAAAUAUUAUUGACCUGUAAAAGCAACAAUUCGUAACAGACAAAUUCAUUGAAGACGUUACUUUAUGCUAAAGUAUCGGACAGUCUAUAAAACGUUUUGCCGGUUUAUCGAUCUCCUCUCUAUAUUUUUGGGAAUUUGGACUACACUUAAUUAUUCACGUGACCAAUAAACUCUAUCAAAGUAUAUUCUCUAUUCUUUCUUAAAAAACUCUAGUAGAUAGCCCUUUUACAAAAUGUUUAGAUCUACGAAACAGUUAAUAAAAGAUACGAUUGAAUCGGUCAUUAAUCGGCAUUAAUACUGCCGUAAGUGUUGGCCAUUGCCGAACUUAAUAGCAUCGGGCCAUGGAGAACAAAAUGACUAGCGGAGAUGUCAUAACGCAAAAUCUCUAGAGAAAGUAGCGAGACAAAAUGCGAGUGCUCGGGAGACGAGGAACGUUACUAGGUCCGACUUUAUACACCUUCUAUGGAACCCGAAUCAAUCAAGACCAAUCUUUGACAGUUUGGUUUUGAUUUGACAAGGAACCCAAACGUCUCGUCAUUUAUAGUAACUGACCACGCCUACCGUACAUUACUUUAUUACUUGACCUACAAGAAGGCAUCUGAACCUUGGAUGGUAUCUCCGCUAACUUUCCUUCCUCCGUGCAACGGGCCAAA